UUCAUUCUGAUUUAUCAACAAAUGUCAUUUACAAGCAAAGGGUCACAGUAGUCAGAAAAAUGAAACACAUGGAGUGUUCUCUGAACAUAACUCAACUAACCAAAGCAGAUGGACAGUAUCAGUAUUACUGUAGAAUUAUCACCAAUGUAGACAAACAAAAAAUGACAGGCACACCAGGAAUUUCUUUGAAAAUAACUGAUCUGCAGAUUGUUUCAUCUAGCCAAGAAAGAGUGAAGGAGGGUAAUCUUGUGACUCUCACCUGCAACACCACCUGCAAUCUACCCGACAGCUCUUCAUUCACCUGGAGUAAAGAUGGGCGUCCUGUAGAGGAGAAGCAGAUCAUCUACAACCAGCUGCAGCUCCACCCAGUCAGUUAUGAAGAUGAGGGCAGCUACACCUGUGCAGUUAAAGGACAUGAAGGUUUUCCAUCUCCACCCAUGAAGAUGAAAGUCAUGUGCCCAACGGUUGUUUUUUCUGACAUAGAAGAUGCAGUAGAAGGUGAUGCCGUCACUCUCACCUGCAACACCACCUGUAAUGUACCCGACAGCCCUUCAUUCACCUGGAGUAAAGAUGGACGUCCUGUAGAGGCGAAGCAGAUCAUCAACAACCAGCUGCAGCUCCUCCCAGUCACUUAUGAAGAUGAGGGCAGCUACACCUGUGCUGUUAAAGGACAUGAGGGUCUCCCAACUCCACCUUACAGACUCCAAGUCAUGAUAACCCCUAGUCCUGUGAAGUCUAAUCUUGUGAUAGCAGUUCUUGUUGGAGUGGCAGUCUGUGGAGUUGUGGGUCUCCUGUUUGUGCUCUACUGGCUGAGAUCUCACAAGAGAAACAGUAAUAGGGCACAAGAAGGAGACCAAGAGUGUCAGGAUGACGUCCAGUACUCCAACAUUAACUUCCAGAGGUCCGGUGGUCAGAGCGGCGGAGCUGCUCGUCCCCCCAGUGCUGCUGCUGCAGCUGCAGGAGGAACAGACGGUGAUGUCCUGUAUGCCAACUUCCAGCCCCGCGGAUCCAGACAGACUGCAAGGAGUCAGGGGGACAACGUCUGCUAUGCCAGCGUCCAGAUUGACACAAACAGUGCUGGAAAAAGUUACCCUGAGCAACCAGAGGGGGAGCCCUCUGUGAUCUACAGCAGCGUGCAGAAGAGAGUGUGAAGCAAAAUGAUGUCAGCCAUGAACAAACACGGUGGAGGGGAUAUCAUCAGAUGUUUAGCUGUUGGUGAAAGAUGAAUGUGCAUUUCUGCAUUACUGGCAUAUUAGUCCAUGUAUCAUUGUUUGUUUUUGUUACAUUAUCAAUAUGCUUUGAUAUUAUUAGGAACUAAAUUAAAUGUUGCCUAUAUGUUUGUAAA